AUGGCAAAAAGAAAUUUCUCAGAAAUUAAAAGCUCAACUUCCCCAAGAAGAUCCAUAAGAAUAGCGGAAAGAGCUGCGCUACCACAGCCAUCAUCACUCUCAACUACCACCCCAUCACCAAAGAAGCGAGGUCGUCCUCCAAAAAGGGGUCGUGGACGACCUAGAAAAGAUUCAAGUCGGGAAAAGCCCAGAAGGAACCUAAAUAAUCAACAAAUACAAAAUAUAACAAAAAGGGGUCGCGGACGACCAAGAAAACAUCAACAACAGCAAGAACAACAACAAUUCCAACAACAACUCCAACAACUACAACAACAAAAUUAUCAACAGCAACAACUCCUACAACAACAACAACAACAACUUCAACAAUUUCAACAAUUCCAACAACAACAACAACAACAACAACAACAACAACAAAUCCAACAACAACAACAACAACAACAAAUUCAACAACUACAACUUCAACUACAACAGCAACAACAAGAAAAUCAAAGAUUUCGAAGUCACUUCGACCAACUCCAACUUGAUCACAUCAGGUUGAGAUUGGAAUUAGAAACAAGUUCACAGGAACAAUAA